UAGUUACCUUCCCUCAUUUCAAGUACAGGUAGCCUUUUGUGUAUCUUUGCGUAAAAAAUUUCUAAAUACCAAUCCAUCACACUGUUUUAUUUAUGUUCUAUUUCCGUAGAAGUAGAAAUAAAAUUACGCAAAGCGCAAAAUGACCAUAGGAUAAUCGCAUACUCACUUCUACAACAUAAUUAUUGAGAUUGUUCCAAAGAUUACCGUUAAAACGUAAAGCAACCCGUGCCAUUCCUACACAUCAAUUUCACUCUGCCAAAUGGCUUACACGAAACAUAUAUAUAUUAGGAAUCUACGUGGACAGAGCUGCGGCUUCCCCGCCCUUUCUCUCCCUUCUUCAAUCGAGUGAAUUCACGUUGAGGUUAGAGAAGGCGUUGCGCGUGCAGGAUGGAAGCUAAGAUCGAUUUUUGUUCUGUGUCACAUUGGACAAGAGCAACCAGAGAGCUACUGGCGUCAACGCCAAGGUUUAUAGAAGCGUUUUUAUUUUACUCUGAUAUCACUUAUUUGCAGCUAAGUAGCAUCAAUUGUAAGAAAUUCCGCUGUCUUGUACAGAUAGAAACGACAGAACGUUGCAAAGCAGUGAGCGGCAUUGAACAACUCAGAACUACAGUUUCUAGGUUAGUUUAAUCUUUUCUCAGUCAACAACUUGCUGCGCUGGGCAACAAAGAAGACGAUCAAUACGUGUUGUCAACUAAAUUCCAACGAGUCUCACGAAGCUCCACGGCCGCCGUAUUCAUCAAACUGGUUUACAACAAAGGUCUGUAGUUCGUUUUAACUGAAGAGAAAAGACCUUUCUUUCCAAAUAUUUCCAUUUCGUGAUAGGAAGUAGAUUCUUAUCGAACACAGUUGGUGGUAUCCUGCAGGAUAUGCCUCUUUCUCUACAUAUUCUAGUUUGGUGAGAGAUGAAGUCGUUUAAAAAUAUUCCGUUCUUUCUGUGUAGUAAUUCCUCAAAGCUGAUAGGGAUCUGGGUCUUGCUAGCUUCUGUCGGUACAUCUGGGGUACAGGUUGAAGAAAGUAGCUCGAGCUUUCAGAAAUGUGAAGAAAUAACAAUCCCCAUGUGUAAAAACGUAGGAUACAACUAUACGUCUAUGCCUAACCAGUUCUAUCACGAAACCCAAGAGGAGGCUGGCCUGGAGGCUCACCAGUUCUGGCCUUUGGUUGAAAUUCAAUGCUCUGGAGAUCUGCUGUUCUUCCUUUGUUCAGUUUAUACUCCCAUUUGCAUGCCGGAUUAUUCUGGUUCUAUCCCAUCAUGUCGAUCAGUCUGUGAACGCGCUCGAACUGGAUGUGCACCAAUUAUGCAACAGUACGGGUUCACUUGGCCCGAUAGGCUUCACUGUUACAAUUUUCCCGAGUAUGGUGAUCCUGGUAAUCUCUGUAUGGAUGAACAAGAAGGAAAAAAACCAAACCGUCCAAUUUUUCCAGGUGAAAAUAAAAACCCACUCGAAAUUUCUGAGACCUCCAAAUAUAACACCACUCUACAGCUAAAUGAACAUCCUACCUUUGACAAAGACUUUGAAAUUCCACUUACCACAUACGGUCCUCAUUUUGAUCCCAAGUGUGGAUGCAGGUGCCGCUACCCUAUGAUAAGCGUAACGGAAAAUGAGAAUAAAAAAUACUAUAACAAGGUAGAAACAGGUGGUGUUGUGAAUUGUGCAAUAGCUUGUCAUGGCAAUUUUUAUUCUAUAGAUGAGCAUAAGUUUGCCAACCUUUGGCUAGGACUAUGGUCAGUAUUAUGUUGUGUGUCCACUAGUAUCACAGUUAUAACUUUUCUGAUUGAUGUAGGCCGUUUCCGAUAUCCUGAGCGUCCAAUAAUCUUUCUGUCAGCAUGUUACCUUAUGGUGUCCAUUGGCUACAUGAUUCGUCUUGGAGCAGGUCAUGAGGCAGUGGCCUGUGAUGGCCCUAUCAUUGUUUACUCAAGCUCCGAACGAUCCGCCACGUGCAUCUUUGUAUUCAUUCUGACCUACUUUUUUGGCAUGGCUAGCUCCCUCUGGUGGGUUAUGCUAGCACUAACAUGGCUUCUAGCUGCAGGGCUCAAGUGGGGAAACGAAGCAAUAUCUCGAUAUUCUUCAUAUUUUCACGUUGCUGCCUGGACAGUGCCAGCUGUUAAAACAAUUUCUGUUCUAGCCCUGGAUGGAAUAGAUGGAGACCCAGUAGCUGGUAUUUGUUAUGUAGGGAACCAAGAACUCACUUUUCUGCGAGGUUUCGUAUUAGCACCUCUCUGCGUGUAUCUUGUUUUGGGCACUUGUUUCUUGUUGGCUGGAUUCGUAGAGCUCUUUCGAAUCCGAAGUGUCAUACGACAACAAGCCGAAGAUAAAGUAGACAAACUGGAGAAGCUAAUGAUUCGAAUUGGUGUGUUUUCGGUUCUGUACACGGUUCCAGCCACAGUGGUCAUUGGAUGUUACCUUUAUGAACAACACUUCCGGGAAGCCUGGGAACAAAGACAUAACUGUCCUUGUAAUGCAACUGACGUUCGACCAGAUUAUUCGAUCUUCAUGCUCAAGUACUUCAUGUGUCUGGUGGUCGGGAUUACAUCCGGGUUCUGGAUAUGGUCCGGAAAAACUCUGGAUUCCUGGAGGAACUUUCUAAGAAAGCUGUGUCGAAUGAAGGUCCAGGAGAGGCAGACUUUCAGACAAGAAAAUCUUCCUAAUCAACUUGAACAGGACAUAUCUAUCGGCGUUAAGCAGGGUCCAGUUGUGAAUGUGUGAUGAAUCAAUGUGAAUAUCUUGAAAGUUGUGAAGGUUCUUGUUAAACUUCUGGUGCUUGAAUAUUUUACGUUUUCAUGAAUGCAGAAUAAAAGAAAAGUGUUUCCUUUUUUUUUUAUAUAAAUCCUGCACUUGAAUUAUAACUAUUGUGUCUCUCUUGCCUAAGGCAAAAUAUCAGUUACUGUAUUAACUUCAACGUUUAAUAUGUGAUUUUUUGAUUUUUCGUGUAGUGUGUGUGUUUUAUCUGGAUUAAAUCCUACUAUGAUACUUGUGUUAGUCAAGAACUACGAACGUUUGAAUGCCUAGCAAACACUACUUUAAACUUUUUCAUAGGUUUGAAAUAUUAUUUACUAGGAAAUGUACUUUCGUCUUCUGUACAGUGUCGUUAGUGUUUAAGUAUUGGUUUUCUUAUUAUGUGUUUUCGAAGAGGUCCGAGCUUCGCUUGUGCACAAAGUAACUGUAAUUAUUCAUUGUGGGUUCUAAUAUUCACAUUUUAGCAAGAAACCUAUGAUACGUGUAGUAGCUUCACUGUCUUUUGUUAUACAAUCAUAAUAUACGUACUUUUAAAAAAAAUCAAAUGUUGUUGCAGUGUUGGUAAUCGUCGUAAAAGUAUCCAUAAUUUCUUGAUUCUAUUUCUAAAGAAUAAUUAAUAUUUUUAAGAUAAAGCUUACGAAUUCCGACAUAUUUGUUAUCAUAUACUAAAAAAACAAACAAAAAAAACAAUUUCCUAGUAGUUUUAAUGGUAGUACGAAGGUAAAUUACCAUUGGUGAACUAUUAUUUGUAGUUGGGAAGUUAACGAGAGAGUUUUUAGUUUAAGCUAAACUUUCUAAUAAUGUUAGUUAAUAUUUGUAUGGUAAAGCUUGUAAUGUACUUUGUGAAUGCACGCGACAAUUGUUCUGAAUAUUAAACAUAUGGGAAAAUGU